CCUACUGUCUCCGGGCGGCGGCAGAAACAGGAGUCCGGAUUUCCACGUUCUCUGGAGCGGGGCGCCGGGAGACGGCGGGCGGCAAAACCCGGCGCCAGGAAGCCCUUGCUUUCUUUGACGCAAAGGCUUGGGACGCAGCAGCCGCCGUCUGCCCAGCGCCGGGCCAGGAGCGACCCCAGACGGAGCCUCCGGAGUCCCUCCGCCCCAGAGCCUCGGCCGUCCCCGCCGCCGUCCUCGUGGCCAUGGAGUGUCCACACCUCAGCUCCAGCGUCUGCAUCGCCCCGGACUCAGCCAAGUUCCCCAACGGCUCCCCGUCGUCCUGGUGCUGCAGCGUGUGCAGGUCCAACAAAAGCCCUUGGGUCUGUUUGACUUGUUCAAGUGUCCACUGUGGAAGGUAUGUGAAUGGCCAUGCAAAAAAACAUUAUGAAGAUGCACAGGUGCCCUUACUCAACCAUAAGAGAUCGGAAAAGCAGGAGAAAGCUCAGCACACAGUGUGUAUGGAUUGCAGUAGCUACAGCACUUACUGUUAUCGAUGUGACGAUUUUGUGGUCAAUGACACCAAGCUGGGCCUGGUACAGAAAGUGAGAGAACACUUACAGAACUUGGAAAACUCAGCUUUUGCAGCUGACAGGCAUAGAAAAAGAAAAUUAUUGGAAAACCCAUCACUAAACAGCAAGUUAUUAAAAGUAAAUGGAAGUACGACUGCCAUUUGUGCCACAGGCCUUCGGAACUUGGGCAACACGUGUUUCAUGAAUGCUAUUCUUCAGUCACUCAGUAACAUUGAGCAGUUUUGCUGCUAUUUCAAAGAACUGCCUGCUGUGGAGUUAAGGAAUGGAAAAACAGCAGGAAGGCGGACAUACCAUACCAGGAGCCAAGGGGACAGCAAUGUGUCUCUGGUAGAAGAGUUCAGAAAGACAUUAUGUGCUUUAUGGCAAGGCAGCCAGACUGCAUUUAGUCCCGAGUCCUUGUUCUAUGUUGUCUGGAAGAUCAUGCCUAACUUCAGGGGUUAUCAGCAGCAGGAUGCUCACGAAUUCAUGCGCUACCUUUUGGAUCACCUGCAUUUGGAACUUCAGGGUGGACUCAAUGGUGUGUCCCGCUCAGCAAUUCUACAGGAAAAUUCGACUCUGUCUGCAAGUAACAAAUGCUGCAUAAAUGGAGCAUCAACUGUUGUCACAGCAAUAUUUGGAGGAAUUCUCCAGAACGAGGUCAACUGCCUCAUAUGUGGGACAGAGUCGAGGAAGUUUGAUCCAUUCCUAGAUCUCUCCUUAGAUAUUCCAAGUCAGUUCAGAAGCAAGCGCUGUAAGAAUCAGGAAAACGGGCCGGUUUGCUCAUUACGAGAUUGUCUUCGAAGCUUCACCGACCUAGAGGAACUUGAUGAGACAGAGUUGUAUAUGUGCCACAAGUGCAAAAAGAAACAGAAGUCCACAAAAAAGUUUUGGAUUCAAAAACUUCCCAAGGUGCUGUGCUUGCACUUGAAAAGGUUUCACUGGACAGCGUUUUUAAGAAACAAAGUCGACACGUAUGUAGAAUUCCCACUGAGAGGCCUGGACAUGAAGUGCUACCUACUAGAGCCAGAGAACAGUGGCCCAGAGAGUUGCCUGUAUGACCUUGCUGCUGUGGUGGUACACCAUGGCUCUGGGGUCGGUUCUGGACAUUACACGGCAUAUGCAACUCACGAAGGCCGCUGGUUCCAUUUCAAUGACAGCACUGUAACAGUGACUGAGGAGGAAACCGUUGUGAAGGCAAAAGCCUACAUUCUAUUUUAUGUGGAGCGGCAGGCCAGAGCUGGAUCAGACAAACUUUAAUACCUCCUCUGAUCAUGAUUCAUCAACUAGACCGGACAAACAUUUCCAAGUUUCCAUAAAUACUUGAUCCAAGAGUUAAUUUCAUUAUGCACUUUUCAAUUUCCAGUUUGGGGUUUAGCUUGGUCAGUGGUAGUGACUUACUCAGUACGGGCACCAGCUAAUUUUUGUUGUUGUUGUACCAGAAAACCUCAGCAGGCAUUUUGAUUGGCUGCUUUAGUUGUAAUAAUUCAAUUUUUAUAUGUAGUUUUCAGAACUUAGUUCUGUUUGACUUUUUAUAUUAAUGUUUUCAGUUCUCACCAAGGCACAUUUGCAUUUGAUCUGUACUCACAUGCUGAGAGUCACCCCACCUGCUGCCGUUCACACUGCGGCCGGGUCAGUGACUCCACAGUAAGGUCGUGUGUGCAGGAUCUGUGGCCCAAGGGUUUCACAGGACUGCUCAGGAGCCCUUCUGUAUGCAGGCGGCAGCUGACUGUGGCUUGGGCUGCUGUUUCUCAGCUGUGAAUAAAUCUGUCAGUGCUGUUGGCUCCGUGCUGAGGUCCAGAACUGCUCUGGUUCUUGGUUCUGUUCCUCUGCUAGUGUUUUCUUGGGGCAGACAGGCUAGGAACAUUGCAAAUAAGUGUUUUGAAAGUCCUGUGAUUCAGCUGCAUGGUGGAGGUAUGUCCCAUGGGCGGAUUCGGUGUGCCCUUCAGAGGUGAGGUGUUUCCCUCCAGAGCUGACUGGCACCGGCUUUUAGGCAGAAGUGGAGUCAUCUGUAUUCUGGGCUUUAACUUGCUCCCUGCCUGAGAGGAGAGCCAGUUAUUUUGUCUCUGAACAAGAAUAGUUUCUAUUCUUAAAUUCAGUAGCUUAAAAAAAUACUGUUCACAAAAAUAGAUAGAAGCACUAUUUGGAUUCAACCCAAAUUUAAAUUUGGCCCAUUUAAAGAAGGCAGCUAGUGGCCAAUGCUGGAACCAGUGAUUGAGUUUGGGGAUUGGAGGUCAUGCAAAUCACUGAGUGUAGAACACCAACAUGGCCUGUUCUGUGCUCACCUCCUCGAGGGACAAACAUGCACUUCAUGUAGAUGUGUUAGUAAUCUUGUUUUUUCUAUUAAAAGUAAGUUUGGUAGCUUUCCUUGGUCAGUGUGAAGUUGAUGGAGCAGUCAUGGCCCAGUUCAUUUUAAUAUUACCUGGAUAAAUCCUGCAUUCCCUCAGAGCAGAAAUUACAUAGAAACCUAACUUGAAUCCGUCAGUAGGAUGGCCACCUGUGGG